AUGCCAUCUCCCUUCAUCCCCUCUUUAACCCCCCAUCUUCCUCCUCUCUCUCGUAACAAGUAUUUGAACAACUCAUCCUUCUCCUCCGCCAUGACCAUCCGCGUAGGAACAGCCUCGCCCAACACCCAGCCCACCACCCCCCUCACCCUCUCCCUCCUACACUCGCUCGCCUCCCGCGCCGCCGCCCAGCGCAUCGACAUCCUCCUCCUCCCCGAAGCCUUCAUCGGCGGCUACCCGCGCGGCUCCGCCUUUGGCUGCGUCGUCGGCAGCCGCACCGCCGAGGGCCGCGAGGCCUACGCCCGGUAUUUCGACCAGGCCAUCGACCUCGGCGACACCGUUGGCGAUGGCAGCGCCGGCGCGGGGCUCAAGUGGGUGCGGCGGGAGCUGCCGGGUUACGAGCAAGGGGGCAGCGGCCGCGGGGACGGAUCGAGGGAGGAGCUGGAGCGGAUUGCGCGGGAUACGGGCGUGUUUUAUGUGACGGGGUGUAUUGAAAAGGCUGGGGGGAGCUUGUACUGCGCGGCCGUGUAUGUCUGUCCGAAGGAGGGCAUCAUCGGCAAGCGGCGCAAAGUGAUGCCAACAGGCUCGGAACGCCUCAUCUGGGCCCAGGGCCACCCGUCGACCCUCCGCGCCGUGUCCACCUUCAUCCGCGGCCAGCGCAUCAACCUCGCCGCCGCCAUCUGCUGGGAAAACUACAUGCCUCUCCUGCGACAGUCGCUCUACGCGCAAAACAUCAACCUCUAUCUCGCGCCCACGGCCGAUAGCCGCGAGGGGUGGCUCAGCCUCAUGCGCACCGUUGGCAUCGAGGGCCGCUGCUUCGUCGUCAGCAGCAACAUGUGCGUGCGGGCGGACGAGGCGAAUGGCCCCGCCGUAUCUGCACCGAAAGCGCCCGUCUUCCUUUCCCGCGGCGGUUCGUCUAUUGUGUCUCCCUUUGGCGACGUCCUCGCCGGUCCGCAGUGGGAAGACGAGGAUAAUCUGAUUUACGCGGAUAUUGAUUUACGGGAUUGCAUUCGUGGAAGAUUAGAUCUGGACACGGCGGGAAGUUAUUCGAGGAACGAUGCGUUCAAGCUGACUGUUGAUGGGCUAGAUUUGGAUCCUCUGCCUUAUUGA